AUGCCGAGCUCCCACACCCCAUCGCUGAACAGCGUCAACGAGAAUGCCUGCUAUGACAUCAAAGGUCACUAUAGGUUAGUCCUGAUGGGGGCUGCUUGCGUAGGCAAAACAGCAAUCGUACACCAGUUUCUGUACGACUACUUCCCGACCGAGUACAUGCCAACGGUAGAAGAGCUGUACAGGGGUGAGUACGAUGUAGGUAAUACUGGUUUAGUACUUGACAUCCUUGACACUAGUGGUACUUAUGAGUUUCCAGCCAUGCGAAAACUUGCUGUUGACACUGGAGACGCUUUCAUCCUGGUCUACGCCAUCAACGACGACAAGUCUUUCGAGGAAGUUCGAAGACUGAAGCAAAUGAUUCUGGAACACAAGCAAUCCGACGUUCCCAUAGUAGUGGUUGGCAAUAAAUGUGAUCUCGAAAAGCAGAGGAUGGUGCAGAAGGAGGUCGCCGAUACAAUCGUCACCAUCGAUUGGGAAAAUCGAUUCGUGGAGUCUUCUGCCAAAGAGGGCUGCAACAUCGUGAAGAUUUUCAAGGAAAUCCUCGUCCAAGCCAACUUUCCUUAUGAUCUGAAUCCAGCGGUCCAGAAACGGAGAACAUCUCUCCCCCUCUACGCAUUGCCGAAGUCCAAUAACAAUGUCAUCAAGAACAAGAAGAUCAAGCGAAACAGUUGCGCUGUUUCAUAA